AUGUCGUUCAGCGAAGUGGGCAUCAUGAUGCAAGAAUCAAGGCGAGCCGACGAAGAACGAGAACUAGGGAUGGGCCAUGUGAACAACCGCCUCUCUUUUAUAGCGCCAAGGUUCCCGCAAACAGAAACGCCCAUGGAAUCAGAACAACACUUCCUCAACGAUAUAGCCGCUCACUUCGCCUCCUUUGAAUCCGCCUGUCGAUCAGGAGACCUCCACACUGUCCACGCAGUCAUCUCUCCGCAAAAGCGCUCAAGCGCAUUCCUCCAUCACGGCCUAAUACUCUCUCUCGAAUCUGGCCAUGUCGAUAUCGCCCGCUAUCUCCUCUCAAGCGGCGCCCCUAUUACACCUAAUACACCCGUACAUAUCCUCUCCGCACCACCAGAUCAACAAAUUGCACUUUUCGAACUCCUCGCGCAGUCGGGCUGGGGCCCCAAUAUCCCCGGCGAUUAUGGAACUGUCCUGCUACCGAAGGUAGUAACCCACCUGCCCGUGUUGUGCUGGUUUCUCGCACACGGCGCAGAUCCGAAUCUAGGUGCGCAUCAUGAUAGCAGUGAUGUUACGGGUCAACCGAAUCCGCAAUCUUGUGCUGCGCUGGAAGCGGCCUCGGCGCGGGGUUCUGUUGAUGCUGUGCGAUUACUUCUUAAUGCGGGGGCGUCGAUUCAUUAUGGGACUCCGCUGCAUUUUGCGGCGGGGGCUUGUUCGCCCGGGAUUAUGCCUAGAAGUGUUAUCAGUAAGGAGUUCGAUGCCAGUCGAAUUCCGAUUAUGCAGUUGCUUGUUGAGCGGGGGGCGGAUGUGAAUCAGAUGGGCGAGUCGAGGGUUGUUGUGCAUCAUCCUAUUAUGUAUGCUGUUAUGGCUGGGGCGGUGGAGCGGGUUAGGUGGUUACUUGAGCAGGGGGCUGAUCCUGAGGCGAGAGGGGCUUGGGGGAGUGCGGCGGAAUAUGUUGAGAUGGUUGGGAGUGAGGAAAUGAAGAGUGUGCUAAGGCAAAGUAUGCUUGAGAGGUCGAAGGGGAACGGGGAGGUAUUUGGGAAUCUUGCGAUGCGGUUCAAGGUUCGAUGA